CUAAGCUAUAUUAUGCACAUCAACCAGACUGUCUUCUUAUCUUGUAGCUACAAUGCGCUUGUUUUCCCUCUUCUUCCUUUGCUCACUUUUUCCCUUCAUUGCUCAAUCUUCUGUUCCUCCCUAUGCAACAUUUAGAUAUGUUAAUGAAGGAGAAUUUGGGCCAUACAUUGUUGAGUACGAUGGAAACUAUCGUGGACUAUCCAUUUUCAAUUCUCCAUUCCAACUUUUCUUUUAUAACACCACCCCUAAUGCUUACACCCUCGCAUUACGCAUGGCUACCAGACGUUCAGAGUCACUGUUUCGUUGGGUUUGGGAAGCCAACAGAGGCAACCCAGUUCACGAAAAUGCUACCCUCACUUUUGGGACUGAUGGGAACCUAGUCUUGGCUGAUGCUGAUGGCCGAGUUGCUUGGCAAACCAAUACCGCCAACAAAGGUGUGGUAGGCUUGAAAUUGUUACCAAAUGGUAACAUGGUCCUUCAUAACUCAAAGGGCAAUUUUAUUUGGCAGAGUUUUGACUCUCCAACAGAUACACUGUUGGUUGGUCAAUAUUUGCGAGCUGGAAGUGUAACCAAGCUUGUAAGUCGGACUUCUGAAAGGGAUAACAAAGAUGGGCCUUACAGCUUAGUGAUGGAGCCUAAAGGAUUGGCCUUUUACUAUAAGAGCAAGAAUUCUCUUAGUCCUAGGCCAAUUCUCUACUUCUUCUUAUCUUCUCAUUUGGAGGGCUCCUUAGAAAAUGUGACACUAAAUUCUACCCCAGAAACCGAUGAGGCCUAUUCUUAUGAUCUAGGCAUAGAGUACCGUUCGGACUCGGCCAACCUACCAAAUAUUGGAAACAGCCUUUCGGCUAGGCCCAAAUACAAUAGCACAUUAUCUUUUCUUCGUCUUGGCAUUGAUGGUAAUCUUAGGUUCUAUACUUACUAUGAUAAGGUAGAUUACCGUGCUUGGGAAGUUACAUACACUCUAUUUGAUAGAGACUCGACUGAGAGUGAGUGCCAAUUGCCUGAGCGUUGUGGGGAAUUUGGGCUUUGUGAUAACAACCAGUGUGUUGCCUGCCCAGUGUCAAAUGGGUUAUUGGGUUGGAGUAAGGACUGCAAGCCCAAAAAGAUUACAUCUUGUGGAAUGAAUGAUUUUCACUAUUACAAAGUUGAAGGUGCUGACCAUUUCAUGAGCAAAUUCACCACCGGAAAUACCCUUACAGAAAAUAACUGUGGCAAAAAGUGUUCAGAGGACUGCAAGUGUUUGGGCUAUUUUUACCACAAGGAGACCUCCAAAUGUUGGGUCGCUUAUGAUCUCAACACCCUAACAAAAUCCUCCAAUUCUACGCAUGUGGGUUAUAUUAAGGUACCAAAUCACUAAUAAUGUGGGUAAGUAGUGGGGAAGGAUCUUGCUCUAUCUCAUUUCGUAGUCGAAUGAGUUCGUUUAUGGCAUUCCAAAUAGUGCCGCACUGGUGCUUCAAUAAAGAUCACGUAUUCUUUGUAGUACUUUUUUCUUGAUUUUGCUCCACCAAUGCUUAUAGGUACAAUUUCAUCAAUACUGCAAGAUUUGUGUAACAGAA